UGAACGAGUCAAGAGCCACUACCUAUGAAAUCUAUUACGUAAAGGAAAAAUAUAACGACUUAUAAGAAUAUAUCUCUGCCAAUAUGAACUACGUUCGUAGUGUACAUGAGCUUAACAUGCGUGAACUCUCACUUGGGAUUAGUGGUACUAAGGCUAGUUGGCAUGAAGACUAUAGGCAUAGUGCUUAUUUAUACUUUGGAGGUUUAUCCAAAAGUUUAACCGAAGGAGACAUAAUUGCUGUGUUUUCUCAAUACGGUGAGAUUUUAGACAUAAAUUUGAUCCGGGAUAAACAGUCAGGGGAAUCUCGUGGCUUUGGAUUUUUAGCUUAUGAAGAUCAGCGGAGCACUGAUCUAGCGGUGGAUAAUUUGAACGGCAUACAGCUUCUGGGUUGGACCAUGCGGGUCAAUCACGUUAAAGAGUACCGGCCUCCAAGCGCAGAAGCCGAAGAGGAGAAGCAAGUGGGCUUCGUGGAUCCUUACUCGCAAAUGGAAAGAAAACGAGAAUCAGAGAGAAAAGAGAAAGAGCUGAAACACGCCGAAAAGAAAAUUGCCAAGAAACAAAAAAAAGACCACGAAAAAAAGAAAAAAAAGCAAAGAAAGGCAGUUGGAAGAGCUUGAGAAAGAGUUAAUGGUUUAAUUGAACGAACAAAUAGUUAUCAGAAAAGAUGUCAGUAGCCGUAUUUUUCGUUCAAGUGGGUUUUGCCGUCUCCUUUUUGGUCUGGCGCACGGUGAUA